GAGGUAUUCUAAAACAAAAAAAAAAAUUACACGAAAUCUGAAAGAAAAAAAAAAAAUCAGAGGGAAAAAACCAAAAGUGAUAUUACAGGGGUAAAGGAUUAAUUAACCUAAAUGUAAACAAAAAAUUGUCCAAACUACGGCGGCGAGGCGAUAGAACCCUUUCAAAGUUACCCUGUUCUUGAAUAUCAGGUUCACAUUUCUCACCUUUUCAAAAUUAAACAACAAACCAUCCGCUUAUUUGGUAACAUCUCUAUCAAUUUUGGUUGCAGCUUUUGAUUAAUGGAAGGAAACAAGUGGGGAUAUUCUUCAAAUGAAGAUACCAGUAAUGAUGAUGACGACGUCAAUCUUCCAAAUGCAAGUGAUGAAGAAGAGGACCUUCACUUCACAUCUCAUUCUUUGCCCAAAUCGCAAUUCAGGAACAUCAAAUCCAAAGCCAGAUGGAAUGAAGAGAUGGGAAUGGCAGAGGUUAUUGAGAAGAAUGGAAAAAUGUGGGUAUCUACUGGAAUAGUUCGUAGUGGCAAGAUUUAUACUUCAUUCGAGGAGACUUUGUAUUUUAUGGAACUAGGAGCCUUACAUCUCGUAGACAGUGAAAAUAGAAGUAUAUCUAUAAUAGAAAUGUACGAAAAGGUUUCUAGCAGGAUGACCGGAUGUUGUUGGGAGCUGUUUGAGGCCUACAGGCACCUCAAGUCUCUCGGCUACAUAAUUGGGCGGCAUAAUUUUGCUUGGAGUUUGAAGAGUAUUAGAAGUUCUCAAAAACAAGUGGCUCUUGAAGGCACAGAAGAAAGCAAACAAAUAGUAGACAUGGGUUCCAAAGUCGAGCAUUCCAUAAGUAAGUUAUUUGGUGAGUUGAAGAUUAACGAAUUGAAGCCAGAUUUUGAUAUUUAUCUUCCAGACAGCAGGUUCAGAAAAUCUUCUCCAGGUGAUCCAAAUUUUCUGCUGUACUUGUCUAGGGGUCAUCUGCCUUCUAGAGCAGAAAUUGAAACCCUUGAGAAACAAUGUGAGGGAAUUCCGCUGAAAAUCUGCCUGGUCACAGAAGGAAGGGUCAGUUUCUUUUCCUUUGACAAGGUUGAACUUCCUGCUCUACCCUGAACGGUUGAUAUCAAUUCUAUAUUUCCACUCCGGGCUGAGAGGGAAAAGAAGCUUAGAAUUGUAAUGAUAGAAUAGUCUGUAGGAUCCAAUAAUGUGAAAGGAAGCUGUAGAAGUUGUGGUCAUGAUAAAUUGCACUGCAAAUGGGAUCAGUGAUCACAAACUGGAGUUUGAUUUUGG